AUGUCAUCCAGAACCACUCGCUCGUCCGCGAGAACCGCUGCAGAUCCUCCUCCCUCCGCUGACUCCGGUGCUGCUUCCACCUCGGCCGCUGGCUCGGCUCCAUCUCGGAAACGCAAGAUCUCCUCUCGUCGCGACCGCCCUUCUGAUACCUCGGAUCAGCCAGCACAACCUUCAUCCCCGCGGAGAUCCAAGAGACAGCGGACCACAGCCACGCAAUCGACUUCUUCUGCUGGCCCUGCUGCCGCAGGUUCUCGCCGAGGCGCCCGCAGCCGCCCAACCAUGUCACAACCGGGCCCGUCGUCACGACCAUCGGAGGAGUCUUCAAAGAACCCUUCGUCUCCACCCGCUCCGAGCCGAAAAACGAGCCGAAAUGCAGAUCGACUUGGAGCGACGCAGUCUCCUCCGCCCCGGCGACAGAAGAAGCGCUCUACAAAGACAAACUCGGACGUUUUAAUGCGAGACGCGGAGGAGGAUUUGGAGGAACAUGAUCACAAAGAAGAACGAGAUGCGUCCCCAACGGGAGAUAGCAACGAUGACACUAAUCCCUCGGCUUUCGACGAGGAAGACUUGGACCCGUUCCAUAGCAGCCUCUUCGGUAGCCGGGGCCCUAUGGGUCUACAGAGUACCCUUCGUGCUCUCAGUGGCAUGAUGUCUGGCAUGUCUUCACGCCUUCGAGAUAUUCUUUGUAAUCUGAGGGAAAAGGAUGAUCCCUCCAUUCAACUUAUCGCCCUCCAGGAGUUGUCGGAUCUCCUGCUGGUGUCGAACGAGGACAAUUUGUCGGGCCAGUUCUCGCCCGAUCCGUACGUGAAGGAGCUGGUGACGCUUAUGCAGCCAAACCAGUUUGGCGAAGAGAAUCCCGAGAUUAUGCUGCUUGCCUGUCGCUGUCUUGCCAAUCUCAUGGAGGCUUUGCGUGGCUCUGUCGCUAACGUUGUCUACGGCGGGGCAGUGCCCAUCUUGUGCCAGAAACUCUUGGAUAUCCAGUUCAUCGACCUCGCCGAGCAGGCCUUAAGCACUUUGGCCAAAAUCUCAGUCGAUUUUCCUGCGUCCAUCGUACGCGAAGGCGGUCUCACAGCUUGUCUGACCUACCUGGAUUUCUUCCCGACGAGUACUCAACGCACUGCUGUGACAACAGCGGCCAAUUGCUGUCGCAAUCUCCCCCACGAUUCGUUCCCCGUUGUUCGAGAUGUGAUGCCCACUCUGCUCAAUGUUCUCUCAAGCAAUGAUCCGAAGGUUGUCGAGCAAGGCUGUCUAUGUGUUUCGCGUAUUGUCGAGAGUUUCAAACAUCGCCAUACAAAUCUGGAGGAGUUGAUUGAGCCGGCCAUGCUCAAAGCCAUUCUCCGACUCUUGCUUCCGGGGACUACAAAUCUGAUUGGCCCUCAUGUCCACACUCAAUUCCUCCGCGUGCUGGCUAUCACAGCCAAGGCCAGCCCUCGACUGUCGAAUGAAUUGCUCACAAUGGAUGUGGUCGAUACCCUCUACCAAAUUCUGACAGGCGUCUCGCCCCCUCAAGACGUGGAUAACACGGCCGUCAAGAUGGACAGUGUUUUGGUCAUGCAAGCAUUGAUUCACCGGCCGCGUGAGCAGGUGUUCGAGACGCUCAACGUCAUCUGUGAGCUGCUACCAGGCAUUCCCAACCGUGAGGGCUCGCGGACAGAUACCGUGCUCAGUUCCUAUCUUGACAAUAGCAUGUCUGUCAGCUUGAAGUCGUCCAGGUCAAAAGAAACCGCCGAGGAGAGGCGCAAGUUGUUGGCCGGGUGCAAGUCGGAACUCAAGCGGUUUGCUACCAUACUGUUCCCGACUUUGACCGACGCCUUCUCUAGCACCGUCAAUCUCAAUGUUCGGCAAAAGGUUCUUAUUGCACAGCUAAAGAUGCUCCACAUUCUGGAGCCUACCCUGAUCGAAGACGCUUUGCGUACCGUGCCGUAUGCCUCUUUCCUUGCUGCCAUUCUUUCUCAAAAGGACCAUCCCUCUUUGGUGGCGUUGGCUCUUCGGUGCUCUGAGCUGCUCUUCCAGCGACUCGAGCACGUCUAUCAGCACCAGUUCCAUCGCGAAGGGGUCAUAUCCGAAAUUGUCAAACUAUCAGAGGGUCCCCUUUCAAAUGACAAAGACCUCCCCGGCUCUUCCAGCGCUGUGGCUAUGGAGACACCAGCUGACUCGUCUCACGAAAUCAAGCCGGCAGCCGAGGAAGACAACGAUUCCGUAGAUGAGGAUGCCGACGAUUACGACGAUCAGGAUGAUGAUCCGGAUGAGGACAACGACGAUCUGUCGGAAUCAGACACUUCGUCAAUGUCUGGACGCCAGGAUCUCAAGAAAAUGGACACUGCUAUCAACGACAUUGUUAUUCAUGAUGCUCGUGCUUUCCUUAAGAUGUAUGAAGCCAGCAACGGUGGUGCCGUGCGGGCGGAGGCUAUGAAGAUUCUGACCGAGCUGCAAUCGUUGGCUGCCGACAUCGAGAAAUGUUUCUCCGAUCGCGGAAACAAAAAGGGCAUUUCUCUUUUCCAGAAACUGGCAAAUUACUUCGAUGGAGAUGCUCUGGAAAGCAUCACGAGUUCGGAGCUGCUCAACUCUGGCAUCAUUCAAGUCCUGCUGGAUGUUCUUGGUAACUUGCAAGCUCCAUGUAUUCGCAAUGCGCGAGCAGCAUUUUUACAGGCAUUCAUGGGCGCAUCCAUCUCUGAGAAGGCCCAGAGCCAGAGUACCGCAACCACACCAUUCAGUGUCCUGAUUCGAAAGCUGCAGGACCUGUUGAGCCGAACUGAACAUUUUGAGGUCAUCACUGUCAGCCACAACUCGCUGGAGAAUACCCGCAGCAACGCGACAUACAUGCUGGGCAAACAGCUUCGGCUUAAACUGGUUGCUGAGGAUGGGUCUGAGGUGCCUCGCCCGUACAGAAACAUCAUGGUCUCGAUCCAUGCCAUUGCUACAUUCAAAGCCCUCGAAGAUUUCCUACAGCCACGAAUUACCAUGUCGGAGCGUCCCCGGCAGUCACGAUCUCGAGACAAUAUUCUUUCCCAGAUUGCCAAUGCUGCUCGGAUUCGCGACGAGCUUGCUGCAUCCAACUCACCUAGAUCACAGCUAGGUGGCAAUCUCCCAACCCGCACUGGAGGCCCGCGUGGUCAAGCAACAGAAUCCACUGGUGGCGAUCGAACGGCUCCUACCCAGCAAUCUCGUCUUCGUUCUCCUCUCCAGGAGGAGGACGAAGAGCAUGAUGACGAGCCCCUUGAGUGUGCCGACGAGAGACAGCUGAGCGAGGACGAGGAUGAGAUUGAUGAGCCUGAUGAGGAUGAGGAGCUCAAUGCUAUCGUUGACGACCUUGAAAACGACCUUGAGGAUGACAAUGUUCACGAUCCCACGGCCGUCAAUAUGGAAGUUGGGUCCUCUGGCAAGGUUACGGCUCGGAAAGAGGAUGGGACUCGAGUGGGAACCCCCUCUCAAUCCACUCCGGUUUCCAAGCCGCCGUUGUCGGGUCCAAAUACUGCUUCAUCUACCCCGAUGGGGGGCAGCUCUUUGGCUACUGCUGGACGCCCCUUCUCUUCCUACGCCGCUGCGAUGGCCUCGAUUCCCCAGGACUGGCAUAUUGAGUUCAGUGUGGAUGGCAAGCCUAUCUCAAGUGAGACCACCGUCUAUCGUGCCGUUCAUCAUAAUCGUGAACACGUAGGCGAAGGCCAUGCCAGAAAUGUCUGGUCUGCUGUUCACACUGUCACUUUCAAACGCGUUCCUGGUCCGCCGCCACCGGAGCCGUCCACCCUUACGACCAGCAUGUCCGACCUUUCGGCUCAGGGAAAUAGUCUUCAAAUGCCCUCUUCCCUGAAUAAGGACUCCAUCACUGCGUCAAUACUUCGCCUCCUCCGUGUCUUACAUGAAAUGAAUGCCACAAUCGAUGACAUUCUUACCGAGUCACGAGAUCUUCCUACCAUUACGCCGGAGCCCUUGGCCCAAUUCAUCAAUACCAAGCUCACGGCCAAGGUGAACCGGCAACUGGAAGAGCCUUUGAUUGUAGCGAGCAGCUGCCUCCCCAGCUGGAGUGAAGAUUUGUCUCGACUGUUCCCAUUCCUGUUCCCCUUCGAGACGAGGCAUCUGUUCUUGCAGUCCACCGCAUUCGGCUAUUCUCGCGCGAUGAUGAGAUGGCACAACUCUCAGAGUGGAGAGGAUAGCCGCCGUGAUCUGCGACGUGAUGACCGACCGUUCCUUGGUCGUCUACAACGUCAAAAGGUGCGCAUUUCACGGACACGUAUCCUCGACUCUGCAAUGAAGGUAAUGGAACUCUACGGGUCUUCUCCGAGCAUUCUGGAGGUGGAGUACUUUGAGGAAGUGGGAACUGGCCUGGGCCCUACUCUUGAAUUCUAUUCUACGGUCUCCAAGGAAUUCUCGAAGAAGAAACUUAAGAUUUGGAGAGAGAAUGAUGGCGACUCCUCAGGGGAGUACGCAUAUGGCAAACGCGGUCUGUUCCCGGCGCCAAUAAGCGACGAGCAAGCUGCUUCGGAAUCUGGCAAGAAGCAGCUGAAUAUCUUCAAGAUCCUGGGCAAAUUCGUUGCGCGCUCCAUGCUUGACUCCAGGAUUAUCGAUAUCUCCUUCAACCCGGCCUUCUUCAGAAUUGCAGAUAAUCUUUCUUCCGUCGCCCCGUCGCUCGGUACUGUCAAGGCAGUGGACGAGGACCUUGCCAAGUCGCUGAUCAUGCUGAAACGAUUUGCCAGUGCCAAGAGCGAUAUUGAAGAGAGCAAGUCAAUGUCUCCCUCAGAGAAAACCAAGGCGCUGCAGGAGGUGCUGGUUGAUGGUGUUUCUGUCGAUGAUCUGAGCCUUGACUUUACGCUGCCAGGCUAUCCCAACAUUGAACUGAUUCCAAAUGGUUCCAACGUUCCACUGUCCAUAGAGAACGUCGACACCUAUGUUGACAGAGUUGUGGACAUGACACUGGGCAGCGGUGUUCGGCGCCAGGUGGAUGCCUUCCGGACUGGAUUCUCCCAAGUCUUCCUUUACUCUGCCCUUCGGGCAUUCACCCCGAACGAACUUGUCAUGUUGUUCGGGCAGGCUGACGAGGAUUGGACCAUCGAAACCCUCACAGACUCAAUCAAGGCCGAUCACGGUUUCAAUAUGGACAGCCGCAGUGUGCGUAACCUGCUCCAGACCAUGAGCGAGAUGGAUAAGCAGCAACGCCGUGAUUUCCUGCAGUUUGUUACGGGUAGCCCGAAACUACCCAUCGGCGGCUUCAAGAGUCUUACUCCCAUUUUCACAGUCGUCUGCCGCCCAAGCGAACCGCCAUACACGCCCGAUGAUUAUCUCCCCAGCGUGAUGACCUGCGUCAACUACCUCAAGCUGCCAGACUACAGCAGUCUGGACUUCCUGAAGGGGCGAUUGUCAGUCGCCAUCAAAGAGGGCCAGGGUGCAUUCCACCUGUCAUAA